CAGAUGGAGCUGCAGGGGCGCACGGCUCGGCACGGCUCGGCACAGCUUGGCACGGCUCAAAACAGCUCGGCACGGCUCGAAACAGCUCAGCAUGGCUCACGAGAGCUCAGCAUGGCUCAGCACGGCUCGGCACGCCCCGCAGGGUGCUGUGCUGAGUCAGGGGGCGGGUAAGAGGCGGGCCAGCUCCUGCAGCACUGCGCUGGAGCCUUCCUCGCCCCCCGAAGAGGAGCGUCGAGCCAUGGGCUCCCGGCUGUCGCUGGACGACUCCGUGCGCGUCGUCAUCGUCGGCGGUGGCUUCGGGGGCACGGCGGCCGCCAGCCAGCUGAAGGCCUGGGCCGUGCCAUUCGUGCUGGUGGAUAUGCGGGAUGCUUUCCACCACAACGUGGCUGCCCUGCGGGCCUCCGUGGAGAGCGGAUUUGCCAGGAAGACCUUCAUCUCCUACGCGGCCACCUUCGGCGACAGCUUCCAACAGGGCCGGGUUGUGGGCAUCGACCCCGCGAGGCAGCAGGUCCUGCUCAGCGAUGGCGAGGAGCUUCACUACUCCCACCUCAUUCUUGCAACAGGCAGCGAUGGGCCGUUCCCUGGGAAGUUCAACAAAGUCAUCGACAUGGAAAGCGCCAUCCAGGCCUACGAAGACAUGGUUAAGGAGAUCGAGAAAGCUGAGCGCAUCCUGGUAGUGGGAGGGGGAGCUGCCGGCGUCGAGAUGGCUGCAGAGAUCAAAACAGAGCACCCGGCCAAAGAGGUCACCCUCAUUCACUCCAAAAUUGCCCUAGCUGAUACCGAGCUGCUCCACAGCGUCCGUCAGGAGGUGAAGGAGAUUCUCCUCCGGAAAGGAGUGCGCCUCCUGUUAGGUGAAAGGGUGAGCAAUGUGGAAAACCUCACAACCAACCAGUUCCAGAAGGACAUGGUAGUACGGACAGAAAAAGGCACCGAGGUGGCUGCCGACAUGGUGAUCCUGUGCACGGGGAUAAAGAUCAACUCUUCAGCAUAUGCCUCUGCAUUUGCAGGAGAGCAGCUGGCGAGCAACGGAGCCUUGCGCGUUAACGAGCACCUCCAGCUGGAAGGACACGAGAACAUCUACGCCAUCGGGGACUGCGCAGACCUGAGGGAGCCCAAGAUGGCCUACCACGCCGGGCUCCACGCCAACGUGGUGGUGACAAACAUCAUCAACAGCCUGACACACAAGCCGCUGAAAACCUACCAGCCAGGCUCCCUAACGUUCCUGCUUUCAAUGGGUAAGAACGAUGGCGUAGGGCAGGUGAACGGCUACUACGUGGGACGCCUCCUGGUGACCAUUGCUAAGAGCCGGGACCUGUUUGUCUCCAAGAGCUGGAAGACAAUGGGACAGACAAUGCCCUCUUAAAGGGGACUAGAAACAAACCCGCAAGGAAUUCCACAACCAGAAGCUUCUAGGAAGGUAUCUGCCUGUCACUCGGGUCCAGAGCUGGCAUCUGCUCUGCAGCAUGCAGGAAGAAUGGCGUGCAGCAGUGCCUGUGCAAAACCUACCUAGAGCCUUGAAAAGACUGUGGCGAUCCUGAAACUCAUCAGAAUACAACGCAGCUUUGUGCCAGCAUCUCCCCAGCAGCUUUAAUUAUGUCACAGCACUCUACUUCUACCAGAAGUACUUGUGUACUGAGGGUGAUACAACAAGUACUUAGGGAUGCUGCCUUCCUGUUUUUUUAAGGUGAGAAAUUUCCAGAGCAAAAGCAGGGUUUAUAACAAUAACCACACUUGACACAUCUUUUUCUUUUUUUCUUAUAAAACAAACAAAAUCAACAUGAAAUAUUCCCAGUAAUUACAGAGAUUAUUGUGAAUUAAAAGCAAAACAGAAGCUCCUCAUGCGUCACUUCCAAAAUCCUCCCCCCCACCCUCCCCCGGCGGGCUGGAGGCAGAAGUUUAACAUAUACCCUCAUGGGAGGGGAAAAGGGAGCAGAAUAUUUAAGAGCUUUCUCUAAAGUGUGUGUGUGAAAAAUUCAUCACUACAAAUCUAAACUGAAGUUACUCUUUAAAAACUUCUAAACUAAAGUAACAAGGGACACUAAAACUCCUGGAAAAGAGAUGGCAACUCAAUUGCUUAAGGUGAUAUAAAUGGCUAGAGGAUGCUGAGAGCAUGAAGAAAUCGGACUAAACCCCGCUCACCUCUAGUCACAGCUCUUCAUCAAGUCACAACACAUCACACUACUACCACUCCCCCUCCUCACCACAUUGAAAAAAUAAAACCCACCUCUAAUGCUUUUAAUGCUACUCAAGUUUGUUGAAAAAUAAAGUUUCAUUUGGCUGCCGUUGCUA